GUGACGGCCUGCAAGCACAGCUUCUGCCGCGCCUGCCUGAGCGAGUUCGUGGCGGGCGCCGGUGGGGAUGCGGAGACCGCUCGGGAGGCGGGCUGCCCGACCUGCCAGCGACCCCUCACCGUCGACCUCACAGAGACACCUCUUCUUCUGACGUUUCGGUCUGAGGUGCUUCCGUACCUUGUUGAAAGCUUCAUGAGCACCGCAAAGGGCGUCAUUAUUCAGCGCUGUCUGCUUUCUGCGCUAACACGAUCGGCGCAAGCGGCAGCGGUAGCGACUGCUGCGAGCAUCAGCAAGAAGCGCACGAGCAUCCUGAACCGGAUCAACCUGGGGGGGUUCCAGACGAGCACCAAGAUCGAGGCGCUCCGCGAGGAGAUUGCGCUGAUGACGGAGGACGAUCCGUCGGCGAAGGGCCUGGUGUUGAGCCAGUUCACGAGCAUGCUGGACCUGUGCCACUUCCGGCUGGAGAAGGCGGGCAUCAAGUGCACGUCAAGCUGGACGGCUCCAUGA